CAUGUAGUGCCUUACAAAGUUUGAGUAUGCACAAUUAUUGUUCCAACAAAUGUUAUUAAUGCUGCAGUUAAUUUUUAAAAUUUGGAAACAGCCUACAUUUAGCUCCCCAAAAAAGCACAAAGUGAUUAUUUGGUUUAUUUUAGCUUUCUGUGCACUAGACCAUUAUAACUGCAUUCUCCACACUGAAUUAAAUGCAAAGUUGUGACAAUCAUACCAAAAGUGAGAUUGCUGCCAAAGUGAUAGUAAUGCUGAAACCAGUUAACAGCUGUAAUAUGUCUGGAGACAGAUGAUAUCUGAACCAUGUUUUCAAUAUGCAGUGACAGAUGGCAGACACUUUGCUCACUGAGCUGUAGUUAAGAGGACUGAGUCUUCAAAGUAUUCCUGCUGACAGUACUGUUUCUUGACAUCUGACAAUAUUUAUAUGGCAUUCUGCACACUCUGUAACACACAUCAGCUUCGAUAGAAAUUCAUUUCAUAUUCAGCUAUACACCUUUUUGCACUGCUGCCGUCCAUUACCUGAGUAAAUUAGAUGGGUUCAGCAACAGAUGAAAGUCUCUCCCCAUCAAAGAUGAUUCAUUGUGGCACUGUGAGGUCUUUCACUCAAUGUUUAAUUCGUAGAAAAAUCAUAAGCCAAAAUAAUCUUGAAGAUACCAAACUAUGCCGCUGUUUGUCCACCAUAGACCUGAUAGCACUGGGAGUUGGCAGUACACUCGGAGCUGGUGUUUACGUACUAGCUGGUGAGGUUGCUAAAUGGGAUUCCGGACCCAGCAUUAUCAUCUCUUUCCUAAUUGCGGCAUUGGCUUCAGUGAUGGCUGGUCUGUGCUAUGCAGAAUUUGGGGCCCGUGUUCCAAAGACCGGUUCUGCAUAUCUAUACAGUUAUGUGACUGUUGGUGAACUGUGGGCAUUUAUCACAGGGUGGAACUUAAUUCUUUCUUAUGUCAUUGGUACUUCAAGUGUUGCCAGGGCAUGGAGUGGUACCUUUGAUGAACUUGUUGGCAAACAGAUUGGAAAUUUCUUUGGCACAUAUUUCAAGAUGAAUUCACCAGGACUGGCAGAAUAUCCAGACUUUUUUGCAGUGUGUCUUAUAUUAUUAUUGUCAGGUCUUCUAUCAUUUGGUGUGAAGGAAUCUGCUUGGGUUACCAAAAUAUUUACAGCCAUCAACAUUCUGGUCCUUAUAUUUGUUAUUAUCACUGGGUUUGUAAAAGGAGACACUGAGAACUGGAAGAUCAACGAGGAGACUCUCAAAAACUUCACAGCUAUUACAAACAAUCUGUCAUCUUCAGAGAAUAUCACCAGUAAUUAUGGUAUAGGUGGUUUCACACCAUAUGGAAUAGCUGGAACAUUAGCUGGUGCUGCUACCUGCUUUUAUGCAUUUGUUGGAUUUGACUGUAUUGCUACUACAGGUGAAGAGGUGAAAAAUCCUCAAAAAGCUAUUCCCAUUGGGAUUGUAACUUCACUUUUGGUUUGCUUCUUGGCAUACUUUGGAGUUUCAGCAGCUCUGACCCUCAUGAUGCCUUAUUACCUACUGGAUGCAAGAAGUCCACUUCCUGUUGCCUUUGAAUAUGUUGGCUGGGGUCCUGCAAAAUACCUGGUGGCAGUGGGAUCUCUCUGUGCAUUAUCAACAAGUCUGCUUGGUUCCAUUUUCCCCAUGCCCCGUGUAAUCUAUGCUAUGGCUGAAGAUGGGUUGCUUUUCAAAGUUUUAGCCCACAUCAAUUCUAAGACGAAGACGCCAGCUAUUGCUACAAUGUCAUCAGGUGUGGUUGCAGCUGUCAUGGCAUUCCUCUUUGAUCUUAAAGCCUUAGUGGAUAUGAUGUCUAUUGGGACACUCUUGGCAUAUACUCUGGUAGCAGCAUGUGUACUCCUCCUCAGGUAUCAACCAGAUUCACUUUAUACAAGACAAAAAUGCUCUUCAGAAAGACAGAACCUCACAGCUGAGGAUGACACUGAAUUAGAUGAAAAUGAAUCCGAUUCCCAUAUGACCAUACUCAAAAGUCACGACUUCACCUGUUCAUCAUUGCUGAAUCCCUCUGUGAUCCCAACAGAACAAACAUCAAGUGUGGUGUAUGGUUGUGUUGGACUUCUAGCUGUUAUCAUUUGUGUAUUAAGUGUGCUGAUUACUUAUGCCAAUGAAGCCAUUCUCUCUGUGGUGCCCUGGAGCAUAGGGAUUCUUGCUGUACUCCUGGUCAUGCUUGGUGUCUCUGUUUUCAUCAUCUACAAACAACCUCAGAGUCAACUUAAAGUAGCAUUCAUGGUGCCACUUUUGCCAUUCUUACCUCUAAUCAGCAUCUUUGUCAAUGUCUACUUGAUGAUGCAAUUGAAUGGAGGCACUUGGAUUCGUUUUUCUAUUUGGAUGGCUGUUGGAUUUGCAAUCUAUUUUGGUUAUGGCAUCAGGCAUAGUGUGGAAAGUCACCGCGAUGAUGAAUCAGCACACAGUGAAACUGAGCACAUAAAGAACUUGGAAGGAAUGGACGACAAUGAAAUGGCAACUGAGCUUGACCAGUUUAUACAACAUGAAAAAACAAAUGAAUGUCAGCUUUAAGCAGCAAUGAAAUGUGUCAGUUUGCUACAUCAACACGUCUGUGUUCUAAGAGGAGCAAUGUAUUAACUUUGGUUUCAGAAUAUUUUAAAAAAACUCUUAAUUGGUAAACUGUACUAAUAAAUGAGUGUUUUGGAGCAGAUGAAAUUACUUAAGGGGGAACUGAACGUUUGUUGAUUAUCUACAGGUCAUACAGAGUAACACAAGAUUAAUUUGGUCUCAUCAAAAACUAAAAUAUAUUUUCCCAAAACAAUAGAAUGUCUGCCCUGAUAAGAGAUUAUCUAGUAGGUGGCAGGUGGCUGUAAAGGUUUUAAUCACCAUUUUUUUCUGAAAAGCAGCAAAAGUAUGUGUUUUUUUAAACUAUUCAGCAGUGUAAUGCAACAUUUAUUACAGUCUUUAAAAGAUUUUCUGUAAUUCCAAAUUAAAGCAUUCUGUGCAUUCGUUCAGAAAGUGGCAAAUAAAAACAUACGAAAUAGGAGGAAGUGUAGGCCAUAUGGCCCUCGAGCCUUCUCUGCAGAGUUUAAUCACUACUGAGUGUUCUUACACUCACAUUUUUAGAAACAAAAGGGGAAGCAAUAAAUGUGAAUUUUCUCCAUUUACUAAACUCUGGAAACUUGGGAAAAUACCACCCUAAAAUAUUCUGAAACAUUAAACCCCCUUAAACACAUAUAUAUGCAAAUUUUAGUUUGCUGCCAUUAAAUCUUAGAAAUCUAACAAAGGGGUUAAGAUCACAUGGUCGUAGGUUUAUAUGAAAGUGUGAGACAACCACUCAUGUUUCGAAAGUUCAAAACCCUAUGUAGAAAGUAGUUUGUGUGAAUUAACACGAGAUGAACUAUUCCAAAGUCCUUAUAAGGGAUGUUUCUAUCUAUUUUGGUGGUGCUGCAUAUUUGUUUUUGAAUUCCUAAUUAUAAAUCGCCUUCAUUUGUCAAAUGCAAGCAGAAUCUGUGAAGCAUCAAACUCUUAGAUCACGUAGUGAUGAGCUGUGAUUCUCAAAAAUGAAUUGUAAAAUGGUUGUAGCACCAUGUCCAUGCUGGCUAUUUGUAAAAGCAACUCAACUAGUUCUGCUCCCAUGCUUUUUCCCCACAGCCCUGCACAUUUCUUUUCUUCAGAUGCUUAAUUACCUUUUGGGAAGCCAUGAAAAGGUUUGCCAUCAACACACUCAGACAGUGCAUUCCAGGUCCUAACCAUGCACUGCGUAAAAAAGAUUUCCUUCACAUCAUCAUUAGUCUCUUUGCCAAUCUUAAAUCAAUAGCUUCAGGUUUUCAAAGCACCUGCUAAUAGGAAUAGUUUCUAUUUAAAUAGUCUUCUGAGACACUUCACAAUUUUGAACACUUAGAGUCAUAGAGAUGUACAGCAUGGAAACCUCCUAUUCUCUAGAGAGAACAACACCAGCUUUACCAAUUUAUUCACAUAAUUGAAGUUCUACAUUGUGGGAACCAUUCUUGGAAAUCUUCUGCACCAUUUCUAAAUCCUUCACAUCCUUCCAAGAACAUGAUCUCCAAUUCUAAAUGUUAAUCUCCAGUUGAGUCCAGAUCAGUGUUUUGUCAAGCUUAAUCAAAACUUCCUUGCUUUUAUUCUCUAUGGGUGAAAUCUUCUCCUCCUAUAGGUGAUGAGCUUAGAGAAAGUUGUGACACUUCAGUUCCAGAGAGUAAAUCCUUGUUUGACCCUCUCACCCUGCCAUCAAUUGAAACCCCUAAAUGGCAGUUAACAGCCUCAGCCCAGGUGUUUGGAUAUUUUCAAAUCAACCAGUUUUGGAGUCAUGGAGUCAUUCAGCCCAGCACAUCCAUGCCAAUUAGAUUUCCUAAACUGAACUAAACCAGACCCAUUAUAUCCCUCUAAACCUUUUCUAUCCAUAUACCUGUCCAAAUGUCUUUUAAAUUUUGUAAUUGUACUCACCUUGGGCAUAUUGUUCCAUAUGUGCCCCACCUUCUGUGUGAAAAAAAUGCCCCUCAGGUCCCUUUCAAAUCUUUCCCUUCUCACCUUAAACCUAUGCCAUCUAGUUCUGAACUCUUCUAUUCUGUGGAAAAAAUCUUGGCUAUUCACCUUCUCUAUGCCUCUCACGAUACUAUAAACAUCUCAGCCUCAGCCUCCUACAUUCCAGUGAAAAAGUCCCAGCCUCUCCUUAUAACUCAAAGGCCCCAGGUCUCAGUAACAUCCUUUUAAAUUUUUUUGCACCUUUCCUAGCAGAGUGACCAGAGUUUUAUGAAGUAUUCCAAAUGUUCUGAAGAAGGCUCUCUCAACCAGAAAUGUUACCUCUAAUAUCUCUCCGCAGAUGCUGCCAGACCUGCUUUGUCUUUCCAGCGAUUUCUAUUUCCGUCACUGAAAUUAUAUCCCCUAGCUCUAGAGUCAUAAGCCAAGGGAAACAUCCUAUUUUCAUUAAUCCUGCCAUGCCCUGUAAGAAUUUUGAAAAUUUCAGUGAGGUCACUUGUCAUUCUUCAAAACUCUGGAGAAUAUGGGCAAAUUUUAUUCAAUGUCUCCUCAUAAAUAUCCUGUCAUCCCAACGAUUAAUCUGGUGAACCUCUAUUUCAUUCCAAUCAUGGCAUAUCUUUAAAUUAGGAGUCCAAAACAGUACAUCGUACUUGGUGAGGUCUCACCAAGCAUCCAAACAACUGCAGUAUUCAUGUACUCAAAUUCUCUUGCAAAAAACAGCAAUAUAUCAAUGUUCUUCCUUAUUAAUUGGUGCACCUAUUUUAAAAAAAAUUAUUCAGAGGAUAUGGGCAUCGCUGGCUAGGCUAGCAUUUGUUUCUGUCCUUGAUCGCCUGGAGGGCAGUUAAGAGUCAAUCACAUUGUUGUGGGCACAUGUCAGCCAGGUAAUACAGAUUUCCUUCCCUCAAGGGCAUUAAUGGACCAGAUGAGUUUUUGUAACAAUCAACAAUGGUUACACUUUCACCACUAAGAUAGUUCUUAAAAAUUCAAAUUUCAUCAUUUGCCACAGUGGGAUUUGAACUCAUGCCAGCAGGAUUCUGGAUUGCUAAUACAGUAACAUCACAAUGCCACUCAAUCACUUUGGAGGCCAACAGUUUCCAACUUUUCACUAUUUAAAAAAUGUUUCUGCUUUUUUUAAUCAAAGUUCAUACACCUCACUUACUCACAUUAUAUUUCACUUGCCAAGUUCUUGGCCAAGUCUUUUAGAAGUCUUUAUUCACCAGCUAACGGCAUUAUCCUCACCAACCCUUAAUGUCACUUCAAAAGAUUAACUUAAAUGAAGUAAUUUUGACAAUUUUGGAGUAAGUAGUGGAGAGCGAUAAUAUUGUAGGAACAGGAAAAUCUUUGCAAUAUGGACUCUGUAAUGCCCCUCCCUGACCCCAUUAAAGUCACUCUUUUCAAUUUACCAUUUUGUUUUUAAAUCUAUGACUAUUUUAAGACAUGGCAUAUAACCAGUAGUACAGCAGAAAUUUUUUUUUCUGCAGAGGUAACAGUGGUACAGUACUGGAAAAUUGAUAACUAUUAUACAGUAAUUUACAAGUCAGCAAUCAACCAAAUGGCAAAUUUUUACAUCAAGCACUCAGUGAAAUAAGCAUGUAAUGUUCACUUUUGAAAGCAAUGAUUGACUGGUGUUUGCUGAUCAAUUAACUGUUAUAAACCCUGUGUCCAUUUUGCCUGGAAUGUACAAUGGGGUGGGGAUGCCACCUCUUUACUGCGACACUAAAAGCAAAAAUUACUCUCAUGAUAAAUCUUGUCAUUUCUUUAGCCAAGUGCAUACCACAUAUAAUUUUUGAAUUAGUAGAAUUUGCUCGUACUUUCUGCUUUUAUUCCCAAUUAUAGUUUGUUGUGUGUAGAGGUCUAGGGUUCCUUGAUAUAUUUUGGAUGAAGCUUCACUACAGCUAUAACUUAAGGAACACAAUUUUAAUGCAUGUUGUGACUAAGUUCCAACAUGCUAGGAAGUAGCUGAUGACCUUUAAUCAAAAAUGUUGCUACUUAUAAAUAAGAUGGCAACAGCAGUAUAUGUAUAGAGAACAACAUCUAAAGGAGUCUGCCAAUUCAAAUGUUUGAAUGUCAUUCACCUUUAUUUAUUUCAUCAUAUUUCAUUGUCCUCAAUUGGAAUGAUAAUCAGGGAUAUUGUCAAGGCUUGCAAUGGAUGAUAUUAUCAUAACAGAAUCUGCUGCUUGUAAUAAAUAAUGUUUUCACUGCUCAUUGUGCCGAACCACAAAAUACAUGGGGAAGAAAAGAAUAAUUGUCCCUUUUCAUUUCCUGAAAUAAUCUAGGUUUGUACUUCUGAUAAAAUUGCUGAAACCUUAAGAUACAGUUUAUAAAAAUGUAAUUCACUCAUUGUUGCUUAAUCACUACUCAUACAAUAGAGUGAUGUUUUUGAGUGUAUUUUGGUGGAUCAAGUUUAAUAGAACCAUUUCAAGAAGACAGCACACAAAAUUAUAUUAUAUCAACUUUUACUGUAUUAUAUGAAAAGUCUUGAUGAGGCAAAUGUUGACUAAAGAGUAUUUGAUAAUUAUAAUUCUUUUUGAGAUGAUAAGAAGAAAAAUUAACUAUGUAUGAAAACAUUCAUUUAUUUUAAUUUAGCUCUGCACUAACUUUCCUCUGGUACAUUCCUGUGAUUCCUACAUAAUCAGUUCCCGGUCUCCAAGUACCAUAAAUAAAUGUUGAAAGGAAGAACAAGCACUUUAACCAAAAAUGAGAAAUAUUUAAAGGAGGUUUUUUCAGAUUUCAGUUAAACCCUUCUAGUUCAGAGAAUGGCAUUGGCACUACGCAGGAAUGUUUACCUGCCUGCCCAGUAAAGUGAAACUAGCAAGUUAUAUUGAGGAAUAGGAACUACAUUUGAUUAACAAAAGUUUCGAAAAUACUGAAAAAAAUACUGGGAAUGUCUGGUGGUUUAUUGUCAAGAACUCUCGUAAUCCAUCAGUAAGUGUCAACUGUAAAAUUCCCCAAUUGCAAUUUAAACCCAAGCAUGAACUAAAAAAUUACUUAGAAUUACUGCUGGCAUCCAAAAGACAGUUGCAUCUUCUAAUACUGUAAAACUUUAUUCUCAAUAAUUACUGAAAUCAAGAAAGAUUCAGCCAAUUCUUCCAGCUCUGCAAAUGAGCAAAAUAGCAUCAGAAACAAACUACACAGUAUCCUGGAAGACCCGAUUAUUCACCUAGAAUGGAAAAGUACAACAGAUGCUACAGUAGGCAGAUGAUCCACUUGAGAAGUUUACUGUGCAGAGAACUAUAUUGAAAAGAAAAUCACUGGAAAUAAUCAUAACUUAAAGGCAGCUACUGAUGAAUUACAAAUGAACAGGCAGAUACGCUCUAAUCUAAUAAAAGCCCAAGAUGCAAAAAAUAUACAGAUACAUCUGUGAGAUCAAGAACAUCAGACAAUGAAAAUUAAGAAUAUUUCACCCAUUUGUUAUUCACAGACCUUGUACCUGUUAAAGACUACUCACCUGCUUAAAUCUUUUUAAGAGUGUUCUGUAAAUAAUUCCAAAAGAAUAAGAAGGUUCUUUUCUAGCCUAGUUGGGAGCAUUUUUAAAUGGAUUUUGUGAUUUUUAAAAAAUAGAUGAAAACAUAUUCAUGCACAAAUAUUUCUACAUAGUUUCAAAAAUGCUCAUUCUCCAGACCAAUUUUUAAUGGCUUUUCAAAGAAUUGAUAAAUUGUUCGUUUGUUCAGCUAUGCUAACCAGCACUUCCUAUUUUCAUAACAAUCCCAAUUCCCUUCCCUUCAUCAGCAAAACUAACUGAUGUUACAAAUAUUUUCAUCUCUGAAAACAGAACUAAUAUUGGUAACAGAUUCUUCAGCUGUCUCAGCAUAUUUUUCUGAACUCUCUCCCCAAGUCCUCUGCCACUCUACUCACAGGCUGCAUCUAUGGGGUCAGAAAGCAAAGUAAGUUGGCACCUUUAAGAGAGAUCAAUUUUUUUGGUAGGAACGGCAGAAUUUAUAACCAAGUCUUUUCAAUUUGGUUUUCAAAAAUUAUACAUGAAUUCACACCAUACUGAAGCCAUGUAGUGUGUGUAGGUUGGUUGGCUGAACGGUUGAUUUCUAAGGCUGAGUGAUGCCAACAGCAUAGGUUCAAUUUCUCUAUCAGAUGAGGUUGCUGUGAAGGUCCCAGUUUCUUAGUCUAACCUUUGCCUGAGGCAUGGUGACCCUCAGAUUAAACCACUACCAGUUCCUCCCUCUGAUGGGAGAGCAGAGCUAUGACUUAACAAGAAUUGAAACUGUUAUCUAAACCUUAGGCUAAAACUCUCCCCAAUAUAAGCGUGUUCAUCAAUGCACUGCCAUGAAGUAGUUCAUUGAUUAUAAUACUGUUGGCAAAUACUUGUAAUGCUUGUAUUAAUUUUGUAUAAAAAUGCUGAGCAAUCUGUAGUUGAGGUACAUUAAUUGUAAGAAAUCAGUAGUACACAUUCUCCUUAUAGGAGGUAUCAAACGAAGUGAAAUGGCAUAGAGGGAAAUACAAACAGUUCCCUUUGGCAUCUCCUGUGACCUGAGGACAUCCCAAAACACUUUACAGAUAAUGAAGCAUUUUUAAAGUGUCAAGAAAUGUGGAAAGUAAUGUGCAUACAGCAGGAUCAUCAAGAGAACAAACCCUGCUCUUUGUAAAGUAUCAAGGGAACUUUUACGUGUCUGAAUGGAUCUCAGUUUAAGAUCUCAUGCCAAAGACAGCAGCUGAGAUUUUAACAUAUUCAGAACUCAACAACCUGCAGAGAGGUAAAAUCAGACUAAGUGUUCUGACAGUGGAAUUUUCUUUAUCACUGCACCAAAAUAACAGCCUAGAUUAUGCCUUUUGUGUGGCAUCUGAACCCACAACUUCUUCUGACCCAAUGAUGAUACUAAUACAACCCUAUUACCUAGAACUUUUAAUCAAAUUGAUGUUCGAAGCUUUGUUCCAACUUAUGCAGAGUUACUGAUUUCAAUCAGUGAAAGAAUAACUACUACAUUUGGCACAGACACAAAUCAGGGUGUUAAACAUUGGUCAGCGAUUCCAUUGUUCAAACAUGUUUAAUAGCUCUUGCAGAAAUUGUGUGUGGUUGCUACUUGGAAACUCAACUGCACUCAGCUAUGAUGCUCUUGCAGUCAAAUAACCUGUCAACAUUGAGGUUUGGUAUUCAGCCUCUCUAAUAAAGAACUGCCUGAGAUAGAAAGUUUUUUAAAGAUUGCUGGAAAUCUGAAAUAAGAAAAUGUGAUAUUCAGCCACAUUAUGCACAGUUUUGGUGUAGGUUUUGUCAUCUUUUCAUAGACACUGAUUAACUUAAUCUUUCAGAACAAUUCUGUGAUGAGUUGCUAUUUUUGGCAUAAUAUCAGGAUGUCUAAUUCCUGUGAUAUUGUCCCUAGAUAAAAGCAAUGCCUUCAACAAGUCAGAGAAAGUAAUUGGCAAUUAAAUUAACAAAAUGGCUUCAUUUACUGGCUGAUUUAGAAAGUGUCUUCUAAAAACUGACAGAAUAUUCAAACCAUUUACAAUUAUCAGUAGAGGUAGGCUAAUCAGAUAAUUUAUUUUUAUAAUUUAUUAAGUUUAGGUCUAAUAAGGAUAGAUUUACUCCUGAAAAGCAACACAAAUAACAUCUGUGAUGCAAAAUUAAUUGAAUUUAAUCUGUUGUGCUUAAAAUAAUUUGUGUACAUGUUCUUGUAAAAUUGACUUUAUCAAAAUGUUAUAAUGCUUUAUUGUGUUACAAAAUAGUUGAUCUGUGUUUCUAAUAUACUGCAGUAACAAUGGAAUAAUAAUUUCAA